CUUUACUAAUAUAAAAUCCGUGUUUUCCCUUUUUUUUCUUUCUCUUUUUUUCUUUUCUUCCUUUUCCCUUCACUUUUUUCUUCUAUAAAUUUUAAAAUGGCAAAAGGAAUAUUUGCACGAUUAUUUGGGGGUAUUGGCAAAAAUAAUAACAAACAACGACAAGAACAGCCUAUAAAAAGAGCACGGAUAGAAUCUACUAGAGCCCCCACACCACCACCCAAAUCACAAUUACCACAGCAACAACGACAACAACGACAACCCGCAUCAAAUGUCAUUAUUCCAACAAAACCACAACAACCAAUUACAUACAACGAAGACAAUUCAGACUACCUAUUUUCUGACAUUAAGGAUAAAUUAACUGACAUGAAUAGCUUUAUAAAUACCCAAGGCAAUAACGAUAUCGAUCUCCAUUUAAGAAAUUUGAAUAAUCUGAAAGAUCGCGUAUCGUAUACGGAAGCGAUCACAAAUGACGAAUUCUCAACAUUAUCGUCAAGCACGUCAUCCAGUCUAUCACUGCAGGAUGCAUUAUUUUCGCAUUUUUCAAAUACGGACACACAAUCUGAGAUAUCGAUUUAUUCAAAUGAUUAUAAAAUUAUAGUUGAAUCACAGCAGCAGGAAAGUUCGUCAUCCAGUCACUACGACAGUAAUGAAUCAUUAUUCGAUCGUCGAUUCUCCGUAUCAGAUACCAAUUCCACAAGAAGUCUAACGUUCCACACCCUCCCUAAUUCUACCAACGUGCUGGUGUCACAAAAAAAUGAAAUGCUAUACUUUGAAAAGCAAUUUAGUGACAUGUAUAUUGACGGUUUAAGACUUUUAUCGAAAAAUACACCAGAACAUAGUCCGGCGCAUGCACUGACUUUGUUUCAGCACAUUGCAAACAAUGGACAUCAAAACUAUCAAAAUUUAAAUGAUCGCACAAAGCUUUUAGUUUCAUUCGCUCAAUAUCGCGCUGGGCGUAUGCUUUGUGAAUGUGUUUUCGAUUACGAUAAAGAAAAUUCAUCACCUUAUCAUUCUUCUGAUGACGACAAGAACAAAAAACAUGGCCUAUUGUAUUUGGAUGAAUCUUCUAAAAAUGGUAAUGCUCGUGCUUCGUUUAUUUUGGGAUUUUAUGCUGAGCGACAAGGAGAUAUUGAUCAGGCGUGCCAAUUUUAUUAUCAAGCUGCCAUGCUUGGCUUACUCCCUGCCAAAGUUGCUUUCGGAAACCUUAUUCUCUUCAGUCCUAAUGGUGUAUCAGGCUUCAGAACUAGAGAUGCUAUUAACAUGCUGGAAAAUGCAGCGACUAUGGGUCAUUCAGUUGCAUCUCUCUCAUUAGCAUUGUAUUACGAGAAAAUUGAUCGGUUAAGUUUGGCAAUCAAAUAUUGUCAAAAAGUUCAGAUCUCUCAAUCAAGCCCAAUUUACUGUAUCAGCUGCUACCAAAUGAGUGUAAUCUACUUAAAAGCUGGACCAAAUUUUGCUGCAACCGCAUUUCGUUAUAUGGGUGCUGCGGCUAAAGCCACUUUUUAUGAAAAUGGCCAACGUGGUUCGAGAUUUACUACGCCACUACGACAAUUAGGCGUCUUGUCACUAAUGGGAAUAGGCACUCCGAGAAAUCCGGUGGAGGCUUACAGUUUUAUACAAGAAGCUGCCGAAAUGGGCGAUAUACCUGCACGAGUUAUAUUGGGGCAAAUGUACUGGAUGGGCGUUGGUGUGAGCCCAAAUCUAUCCGAAGCCAUGAAUAUAUUUGCUAGUCUCCCAGAUAAUAUUGCAGCCAAGUUAUCUCGUGGAUUGCUUAUUAGGAAAGAAAAUCCCUCCCACGCCUAUCUUGAAUUCCAAAGAGUCAUUCAUCAUCACUGUACUGCUUUUGACGAAGAACAUUGGAAUGUGGCUGCAAUCAAGAACGAAGCUCGUGUUCGUGUUGCUGUUUGGGAAUAUAAUGGAAUUGGUGGAGCUCAAAAGAACCCUAAAAGUGCCUUCUACACUUUAAAGAAGCUUGCAGAUGAGUUUCAAUAUAGUGGUGCAUACUAUUGGAUUGCCUGGGCCUACAUGGAUGGUGUUAGAUUGGAAGAUGGAACUGAAUUUGUGCCCAUUGAUAAAAAUCAAGCUUUUGCCUACUUUCUCAAAGGAGCUGAUGAAAACAAAGCAGACUGCCAAUAUUACGUUGGAAAGAUGCUACGGGAAGGUCAUCAACAUACCGGUUUAGGAAGAGAAAAUGCAUUCAAAUUCUUUUCUGAUGCUGCUGAAAAGGAUUAUGCACCUGCCCUGACUAUGGUUGGCGUCUACCACUUUACCAAUGGUCCAGGAACUGACGGUCGUGAUCAUGAAAAGGCAUUCUUAUAUUUCAGUGCUGCGGCGAGACACAAUGAAUCGUUGGCUAUACAAUAUUUGGCUGAUUAUAUCAUCAAAAAUAGCCACAACAACUCCAUUGAUCAUUAUCAUAUUUUCAAUCAACUCAAUCGCUCUGCUGGCUUGGAAAAAGAUCCUAUUGCAUACAGGAUGCUCGCCCUUGUGGUAAACAGUGGUAUUGAUCCAAGAGGAACUUACGAAAAAUACUCGCAAUUGAAUCAAGCAGAAUACAGCGACUUGUUACACAUCUACAACGAAGCAAGAUCCGAAGCCACAGCAAGUAACACUGAUGUCAAGUUUAGAUUUACAUUACACUGUCUUUGGCGCGCAAUUACAUUAAAUGAUCACCAGUCGGGUCAUUAUCUUUGUGACUUUAUUUCUAAAAUGAACGAUGAUGACAUUUCCCAUUCUAUUGAUAUCUUUGAAAAUGCAGAGGGACCAAUCGCAAACAAAAUGACUUUCGCUUUAGGCCUCUUUUUAAAAGCAGCUAAAAACAAGUCUGGUGCAUUAAAAAAGUUUAUUGCUGUAGCUAAAGCUAAUGAUGUGACCAAGAAGACUGGUUGGUCUGCUAGAUUGGAAGGGGCUCAGCUCAUUUUGAAUGAAGGUCAAGGAAAAGCCAGAAGUAAAUUGAUCGUCUUUGGUUGGCUUAGUGAAAUGAUUAAUUACAAUGCAAAAAACUUGUCUAUUCCAUUCAUUCUUUUAGGCAAAUGCCAUGAAAAUGAGAUUUGCAAUGGCUGCACAAUAUCAUCCGCUACUGCUAUGUACGAAAAUGGUCUCAAAUAUAAGGCUACUGACAAAUCGCUUGAAAUCUACGCUAGAAUGCGAUUGGUUGAAAUCUAUUACAAAUCACACAAGUACACCGAUGUUACUAGCCAAUUGAUUAAAGUUGAGAAUCUUUUCAAGUCUAUCACUAGUGUUUCAGAAAAGAAGUCUACGGAAGCAGAAUUCAAGUAUUACAGAGGCUUAUUAGCUCUGCGUGAUGGUACAGUCAAAGGAUACCGUGAAACAGCCAGAACAUAUCUUACUAGAUCCAGUGAGCUUGGUAAUAUAUUAGCCACUCUCGAACUUGGCUACUUGUAUGGUACAAUGGAAGGAAAAGAAGACUUGGCUGAGGAGUGUUUCCAAAAGGUUGAUGCUAGUUCAAGUACCUCUAUUACAUUCAAGAACCGACUUACUGAAUUCUAUGUCCAAGAACGUGUUCAAAAAAUCAAGACCAACAAUGACUACUUGAAUGAGAUCAACAAGAUGAAGCUUGCCGCUGGUAUUACAUACAGCUACUACAAUAUGGAACGACAAGCCUUGGAUUGGUUUCAUGAGAUUUCUGAUGCUAGUCCUGUUGCCAGAAUCAUGAUUUUGUACUACGCUAUGAAGGAUACCCAACUGCGAACCAAACAAAAUAUUGACCAAUUGUCUUCUUUGAUUGAUCCCUUUGAAAAAGUUGUCCCUUGUGAUUAUUAUGAUAGUAUGGCUAUCAGUUAUGCUCAAUUCCGCUUGGGUCAAUGUUAUGAACAUGGUCAUGGUGUCCAAAUUGACAUUAAUUUGGCAUCUGACUUCUACAACAAGGCCUGUGUAUUCUUAUUGAACAAUGAAACUUAUGAGAGAUUAGCUGAAAUCACCAAACUGAUGGGUUCUGAUACUAAAGCAUUCCCAACUUUCUUAUUGAAGGCUGCUCGAAAUGAUACAAACGCCACAUUCAAGUUGGGCCAAUACUAUCACUCUGAAGAUAACAAUGGUCAAGAUGUCGAUACACCUUGUAAGAAAGCAGCUGACUACUAUCACAAGUCUGCCCAAGUUGGCCAUGCCGAAUCAUGUUACUACUAUGCCAAGUACUUAAUUGCUGAAACAAUCAAAGAUAACAAUUUGAACGCAGCUGCUCGCUCCAAACGCGCGGCCAAUUAUCUUCGCACUGCUGCUAACAAGAAUCACGCCCCCUCCUAUUAUGAAUUAGGCAAGCUGGAAAUUAAGGCUGGUCUUUAUGAAGAAGGAUUCGAAGAUCUUGAGGAGGCCGCUUGCUUAAACCAUGGUCUUGCUGCUUAUGAACUCGGGGAGUUAUAUCGCAAUGGCUUUACAGGAAUUAUUUCAGGUGAAAUUACAUUCAAAAUUUCUAAAAGCGCCUCUGAAGCCAAGUCUUGGUAUAAACGUGCUACUAAAAAUGGGUGUAUGUUGUCUUUGAUCAGAGAAGGUUCCUUUUAUGAAACUGGCGAAUUAGGAAAUCAAAAUCUGGUGGAAGCCGGAAAGUGCUAUAUGAAGGCCUAUGAAUCUGGAAAAUGUCCUGGAGGUAUGGCGGAGUAUGCAUUAGGCUGUCUGGAAGAGACGUGUUUGAGUGUAUCAGGUGUCUUUCCCACGAAUCGCCAUCGAAAUAAGGCGUUUGAUUGGUUCUAUAAAUCUUUACAAGCAAAUAACCAAAAUGCGAAUUUCAAAAUUGGAUCUUACUUGGUUAAUGGGUGGGUCAUUCAAACCAACGCCAAGAACGAUGAACUAAAGGGUCUCGAAAUUUUGAUUCAAGAAAAAAGUGAAGGAAACGUCUCGGCUAUGAAAGAACUGGCUUACUAUUAUGAGAAAAAGGGAAACCUUGAAAAGGCUUUUGAAUACUGGGCUAUGGCGGGACGUUCUGAUGAUCCUGAAGCACUCGAGUUCUUAGCCAAAUGCUUCAGACAAGGUUUGCUUGGUCAAACUAUUGAUCAUGAAGAGUCAUCAAGAUUUGAAUCACUGGCUAAAGAAGCUCGUAAGCAAGCUAUAGAAACACAGCGCAGUAUAAUGGGGUUCAAGUCCGAUUAUUCUGAUGAAAGAAAUCAUCGCUCAAAAUAGGGAAUUCUAAUCCAAACCACACCCAAUGUAUAUAUCUUAUGCCUUUUUAUGCCAUCACUGUAUUUCUAUUUCUAUUAUUAUUAUUAGUUGAUAAUGUCAACACUUAUGUAUUUAACUAUAACCCUACUUAAACCCCCUCUUAAUUUAUAUUACUAAUUUACGUUUUAUCUAAUUUUUAAAAUAAAACACCCAAACAUA